AAUCUGUCAAAAGUGUCUCAUUUCAUAAUAAGUAUCAGAUCCAGUAGCAUCAUGGUACUUAUAUUUCCCCUUUUGAUCUGUUUUACAUUACACGUCAUCCAUGCUGAAUAUUCCUUCGAAACCAAAUAUCUAGAUGUCCCGAUAGACCACUUCUCCUACCUCCAUAAUACCACGUUCAAGCUCAGGUACCUGCUGAACGGCCAUUACCACGUUAAAGGUGGUCCAGCGUUCGUCUACACAGGAAACGAAGGUGACAUCAAUAUGUUCGCGCAAAACACUGGUUUCCUCUUCGACAUAGCACCCACCUUCAAUGCUCUCAUAGUCUUCAUUGAACAUCGAUAUUACGGAGAAUCUCUUCCCUUUGGAAAUCUAUCACUAUCUUCCCCAGAGCAUCUGAGAUACCUCACAACAUCGCAAGCCCUAGCUGACUUUGUACACAUCAUCGACCAUCUCAAGAACACCUACUUCUCAACAACAAUCGGAAACGAUACCUUACCAUUCAUAGCAUUUGGUGGUUCUUAUGGAGGGAUGCUAGCUGCCUGGCUACGGAUGAAGUAUCCACAUUCAGUCCUUGGAGCUAUAGCCUCAUCAGCUCCGAUUUGGUUCUUCGGUGAUAUCGUACCAUGUGAGAAAUUCUACGCAAUUAUCACUGAGGUGUUUGAGAAGUUUGGAGGUGAGCAUUGCACGAGUAUUGUCAAGGCUUCUUGGAGUGUACUGAGAAACGUCACUAGCAGUAGCAAAGGUAAAGACUAUUUAUCUUCCGCUUGGAAUCUUUGCAGCACGCUGAAAACGUCUUCAGACACGGAUAAGCUGAUCGAUUGGGUGUCAGAUAUCUAUGUCAAUAUGGCCAUGACUAACUACCAUUAUCCCACUGACUUUAUCACGCCUCUUCCUGCGUACUCGGUGAAGCUGUUUUGUGACAAGUUGACUAGUUUGAAUGCAAGUGAUAGCAAGAGCUUGCUAGAAAACUUAUCGGAUGCCUUGACCAUUUAUACUAACUAUACCGGUAAGAAUAAGUGUAACAACAUCAACUCUACCUCCGAUGACUUAGGAGAAAGAGCUUGGAACUACCAGACUUGUACUGAGCUGAUAAUGCCGAUGUGUUCUACCGAUAAAGAUAUGUUUGAAAAUAGCGCAUGGGAUAUGAAGAAGCACUCUGAGACCUGCCAGGCAAGUUACGGUGCUGUUGUUUCCAGACCAACGUGGGCCAUACAAGAGUACGGAGGCAAGAACCUGAGGUAUUUUUCUAAUAUAGUGUUCAGCAAUGGAUUGGAUGAUCCGUGGUCUUGUGGUGGGGUCUUGGGGAAUAUUUCUUCUAAAGUUUGGGCUGUGAAUAUAACCGACGGUGCUCACCAUGUGGAUUUGCGAGGAUCCCAUCCAGCAGAUACGCGCUACGUCAAAGAUGCCAGAAAAUUUCAUGUGAAUGCUAUCAAAAAGUGGUUGGGUGUGUUUUAAAGAUAUCAAUAAAAUCUACAAAGAC